GUGCAGGACAAACAGGAACUUUUUCCUGAUUGAUGAAAGCUCAACCACUUCAACUUGAAAAUUAGUUCUCUUACGGAAUUUUCAUUUUGUAACAUUUUCAAGUGAUCCUGCUGGUGGAGAUCCAAUCUACAAUAUAAUUCAGAAUGCAACAGCUGUGAAUCCUAUCAAGAUAUCUUUAUGCAGUCGUCAAGUUUGACAGGCCGCAGCUAGUAGUAUAUGCAAUGCACUGGAAUUUUGAGAGACAUAUCACCAAUUCAGAGCACUAUGAAGAACUGUGAAUAAUGCAAACUAUGCCCCAAAUAAAUCAAGGGUGUGCAAAGACAUACAACAGCCUCGCUUAUUCUCUAAUGACAAAUGGCAAACAACCAAGGUGUAGAAAUUGGUGAAAGCAGUGUGAAAGCUGAGAUGAAAGAGCCACUAUUGCAGCGCAUAUAUAUUAAAGAUGAUGAUAGUAAGUUUCAGAUAAAAAGUAACAGGAACGGAUUACUGAAGGUUGUUUUUCUAAGUAGUUUUAUAGCAGUUCUGGGCUCCUACGAAUUUGGCUCUUGCAUGGGAUAUUCAGCACCUGUUCAAUCCGCCAUCUCAAAGGAUCUUGACCUCUCUGUUGCGGAGUUUUCAGCAUUUGGUUCCAUACUUAAUGUUGGUUCAAUGAAUGGUGCUAUCACAAGUGGGCGAAUUGCAGACUUCACAGGCCGAAAAUGGACAAUGAGAAUAUCUUCUGUCUUCAGCAUUGCAGGAUGGAUAGCUAUUUACUUCUCCAAGGGACCUUUACUACUUGAUAUUGGAAGAUUCCUCUCUGCAUACGGAAUUGGAAUUUUUGCUUUUGUGGUACCCAUAUAUGUAGCUGAAAUUGCACCAAAGGAUCUCCGUGGUGGGUUAGCUACAUUGAAUCAGCUCAUGAUCGUCGUUGGAGCAUCAGUAGCCUUCUUAGCAGGGACAGCUUUGACUUGGCGACUGCUAGCUCUUACUGGAAUCAUCCCAUGUUUAGUUCAGCUUGUGGGUCUUAUUUUCAUUCCCGAGUCUCCAAGGCGGCUGGCAAAGGCUGGGUAUCAGAAGGAGUUCUGUAAUGCUCUGAGGAGACUCUAUGGCGAUGAUGCUGAUAUUUCUCAUGAAGCAGCUGAAAUCCAAGAUUAUCUGCAAACUCUAAACCAGCAACCUAAAGCCAGUAUGCUAGACUUGUUCCAAAGAAAAUACAUGCAUUCAGUCAUUAUCGGUGUGGGACUAAUGAUGUUUCAACAGUUUGGAGGGGUAAAUGGAAUUGGUUUCUAUGCAAGUGAAACUUUCACUUCAGCAGGCUUUUCUUCGGGGAAGAUUGGGAUAAUUGCUUUUGCCUGUAUUCAGAUCCCUAUAACUGCUGUGGGUGCAUUCUUGGUGGAUAACUGCGGAAGAAAACCUCUUCUGCUAGUUUCUUCAACAGGCACAUUCUUGGGAUGCUUUCUCGCAGCAACGUCAUUUCUAAUGAAGGAACACAACUUGUUUCAAGAAUUGAUUCCAUUGUUGGUACUAUGUGGAAUGCUGAUCUUCAUGGGUUCAUUUGCAAUUGGAAUGGGAGCAGUUCCUUGGGUCCUAAUGUCGGAGAUAUUCCCCAUAAAUGUUAAGGGAGCAGCUGGAAGUUUGGUGAAUCUAGUACAUUGGUUUGGUGCGUGGGCAGUUUCUUACACAUUCAAUUUUCUGAUGGAUUGGAGUCCUUCAGUUGAUUUCUUUCCCGGUACCUUUUUCCUCUGUUCAGGAGUUUGUGCAGCUUCUGUCCUUUUUGUGGCAAAGAUUGUGCCAGAAACCAAAGGAAGAACUAUGGAAGAAAUACAAACCUCCAUGAAUGCACGAAGGAAUUUGGUUGAUUCUGAUGUCUAUUUAACUAAUUCUGUACUGUUACAACUUUGUUUUUUGGCUCUAAUUUAUAAGUUUCAACUGCAUAUUAAAGUAAUGACCAGUAACAUUAUUUUCCCUUUUUUCUUUUAAAUGAAUUCGAUUAAAAAUAUGGGAGUGUUGCAACUUGAUGGCCAAGACAUGCACGAGAUAGCAGGCAUCCUGAUAAUAGCAACUGCUUAUAAUU